AUGUCACAGACUAUUGGUAAAGCACGUCUGGCUUUUUCCAGAACCUGGCACUUUGUGGACGUGGCCAAGGAGCAGCGAACCCUUGGUCGACUGGCCACCUCCAUCGCCCAGACUCUCCAGGGUAAACACAAGCCCGUGUACAACACCGGCCACGACUGCGGCGACUAUGUGGUUGUCGUGAACGCCGACAAGCUGCGAUUUUCGGGCUCCAAGCUGCAGCAGAAGGAAUACUUUGUGCAGUCGUCUCAGCCUGGUCACUCUCACCAUGUGGCUGUCAAGCGAGUGAUUGAGAACCAGGGAGUCAGCGAGGUUCUGCGACGAACCGUUGCCGGUAUGCUGCCCCGAAACAAGCUCAAGCGGGGCCGAAUCGCCCGGCUCAAGGUCUUUGAGGGCACCGAGCAUCCCUACAAGCAGAACCUCGUGGCCUACCAUGACGAGGCUGGCGUUGUGGUCAAGAAGGAUUAA